AUGGGUUUCAAGAAAGCCCUCAAAACUCUUGAAAUCCUUGAAAAGCCAGAAGUUAUUUUUAAUAGGAGACUAAAUUCCAAUCCUUUCCAUCCGUUCAAAAAGGUUGGAAAAAACAGUGAGUAUUUUAUCAAAUAUCAUUUCAGAGCGUUAACCUGACGCGUAAUUAUAUUCGCGAUUUUGCGCGACAACUCCAGAAGUAAUUUUUCUCUGUAGAGCGUGAGUCCCCUAACAGCAACGAAAGUCAUUAGUCUUUCUGGGCUUACAGUACAAAAGACAAAACGAAAGAACAAAGAAACAAACAAAGGAACAAACCAAAUAAAAGAUCAAGGACCGGGAUGUUCAAAGCUGGCUUAAGAUAACCGAAGGUUAUAAGUGGGAAAUUUGAGAUAAAAAGGCUUUUAAAAAAAGCAAAUUCUGUUAAAUUCUUUUUGUCUAUACAAUUUGCGAUGGAAUGUUCUAAAAAGAAUAGGGAAAACUAUCCGAGAAAAUGCUCUGGAACAAACGAAAAGGAAACCCGGAAGAGAAUUUGACACGGGUUAGCGCUAAGCGGCCUUGGAACAACUUGGCCUACAGCGAGAGGAAAGAUCAGGUGAUCAGUAGCAAAAUUCUCCCUGUGAUGUCAAUGCUUUACAAAACAAAUGGGUGACGAGAAUUAGGGACAUGAUUGCACAAGAUGAAUAUGCAUGGUUGAUACCGUAAACAACCUCUCCCUACUACCUCUAUAGGAAAUGUGGAGGGACAGCAAAUGUGAAUUCGAAUUUUGAUAUUGGGUUUCGUGGGGUUAGUUACAGCCUAACCAUGAUAAGCUUUCUGAUUGCAGAGUUUGAGCUUACUUUCAGUCGUCGACGACUUUACAUCGGGUUAUUCAUGACUGUGGUUUCCAUAGCGACGCUGAUCACGUGGGGACUUGCAGACCAGGCUAGCGUGAGUAUUUGUCUGAACAAUGGAAGUUAGUUCUCCAACGUCUCUCAGUUUUCAAAGACCCGUAUGAAAACUAAGAGGGUCUUGGAACUAGAUCGUAGCGUGAAACAGAGUAGGACUAGAAACUUUCUUCUAUCUUUUUUAUUGUGAUGCCUUAGUUUGAUUAGGGCAAUGGAUUCCUUACGUCUGGAUUCGACUUUGCCCGUUUAGUCUAACCAUGACAAUAAAAGUUACUGACCGAACAAAAAUUACCCCUUCAUUGUGCAGGUUCACUGCACAAUAACAUUUGUUGGAAAACUUGGAAAUCCUUGUCUACCACUUCCACCGAACAAGGAGUAGCCUAUCCGUGCUGAAGUUAAUCUGAAUAACCUCACGUACUACUGACUACGUGUAAUGCUGACCUGUAUCUUCACUCCCUAGCAAUAUAUGUUGUUCCCUACCUUGGUUGGUGCUGUGUCGGCCAUUAUGGCUUGGGAAAACCGUGGCCAUCGCACAUGCGUACUAGACGGAGAGCAAAUGGAGUACAAGUGUGUAAUCAAUGAACAUUCUGUGGAGACUGGCAAGUUCCACAAUGUUUACAUUAGGCUUAAGGCUCAAAAACAUGGUAAGUUAUCUUUGUCUUAUCGCCCCGCGCGUCCUGCUGUUUCCCAAUGUGCUCCUAAUUUUAAGGAUUUUCGUUGUAAUAAAGUUAUUAUUUCCUUUAUUAAUCAUGUUAACAAAAGAAAGCAGGAUGCGAUUGGUCACUUUAGUGCCCAUUACGUGCCUGGUUUUGACGUGAGGUCAAGAUCACUCAGGGGUUUGGCCAAGCCACAUUUUCCCUUAAAAACGCUGCAAUAAAAACUGUCAAAUAGAAAACAAAGUCGUCCAAUAUCCAGUCAUCUUGACUUUACAAACUUGGUUAAUAAAAGAUUUAUUAUGUUGUCAAAAGCAUUCUUUUCCUUGCGGGAAAUCUCGAGUGAGCAAGACAGGACCAUCUUGCCUGUUUUUGUAGCCAAUCAAAAAUACAACAGGAUUUGCUUUAUCGUGCCCUUCCAAAGUUGUUACUCCUGACUGUCAAUAAAAAUACGUGUCAUAUUGCUAGAAAUCCUCCCGUCGUUCUCGAACCAGAAAGUGCACAGCUGAAUUAAAAUGACUUUCCAGCAUGAGACUUCUGGAUUGACAAAGCAGGCUUCAUUUAGAGCUGAUGCAAGUGCUAUGCGUUGUCUGGCAAGUUGUUUCCUUUUUUAGAAACAGUUAAAUCAGGAUAUCGUUUAAUUAGUUAGGAGGACUUUUUUGAAUGCGUUCCUGUUUAUUAAACCAUCGUCUGCUGAUAGAGGCCUGAUUCAAUUAUUUAUCUACUUUCCUUUUGAAGGAGCGGGCGAGAUGUAUUAUUAUGUCGUCUUCAAUGGAUUUCACGUAACGGAACAAAAGAUCACCUCUUAUUCCAAAAAUGAUAAGGUAUGUUUUUUUAUACCUCAGACUUGCUUCAAAGUUCUUACAAAGUCCUCAUAUCAAGUAAUUGACUGCAACCACAAUUCAUGAAAAAUAAAAUACGAUUACAAUUUUUCUAUUCAUUGACUAAAAUUUGCAACUAGGUAGUGCAUGUUUGCGUUAGUGAUUCUAAUAACGAAAAGCUUUAUAUAUACUUGAAAUUAUAUAAAUAGACGCAAAAUCCUAAUAUGCCGAAAGAACCUUAAGGGUACUCUUAUAGUGUUGUUUACACGAAAAUACUGCUUUGUAGAUGUCUUUUUCUGUUUAUGUUUACUUUAAAAAUGUAUGUACUAAGAUCUUCAUAAAAGAUUUCAGUCUCGGUGUCGCAAAGACUCUUGAAACCGAUGUAGGCAAAUCUUCACCCGGUAGUUACUUUUACAAUUCGUUAUUUUUGUUCUUCAUCGUACAGAAGCUACGAGUUUUGGCCAAGAGACUGGCGGAAAAUCUGAACUUAAACUACUUUGACGUGAAAGCAAACUCUAAAGAUCGUAUCCUUUUUCAUCAUAUUAUGCCUCUUGAAUUACAGAAGAGCAGUACACGCCCCACGUGCAGUCACACGAGACAUGAGUCAUGUGAGUAA